UCGAGGAAGCUACCUGUACACAGAUAUACAUGUCAACAGUUCAGUGGGUUUACCGCGUUGGUCGAGCGGCGAAAGGACAACGGACUCAGCAACAACAUACUAGGUUUAUUUUGCAGCAGAUCGUGAAUUUGUCAGUCCUUGGAGGAGGUUGUGUCUUGUUGAUGGGCAGGGCUAUGCUACUCCAGAGGUGGAUCUGUCCCACCCUCCUCUCAGCUGGCCACCGUUCUGCAGUAUUYAAGAAAGAGACUCCGUUCACCCACAAGCGUCUCUUUACGAGUCCCAGCAACAGACACGGCAUGGCAGAAGAAGCGAAGAAACUAGCAGGCUAUGCUGCGGUGGAUAAUCACGUUCAGAACAACCAGGUGGUUGGAGUGGGCAGUGGAUCCACCAUUGUGUAUGCUGUUGACAGACUAGCGGAGAGAGUUCGUCAGGAGAAACUCAACAUCGUGUGUGUCCCCACCUCCUUCCAGGCUCGUCAGUUGAUUCUGCAGCAUGGUCUAACCCUGUCUGAUCUGGAUAGACACCCAGAGCUGGACGUGGCCAUCGAUGGGGCAGACGAGGUGGAUGCUGCUCUCACACUCAUCAAAGGAGGAGG